UGUCACAGACUGUAGGAAAUUUAUUAAUCGUAGCAAGAAGCAUUUGACUUUUGAAAGAAGCUGAGAACUUCCAGCUGACUCGAUAAAAAUAUGACGUUAGUUAAGAAUAAUGGGACAGCAACAAUGGAAACAACCACAAACAUUUUUAUCGAGGACGAGAGAAAACUUCAAAAUAACGCAUUAUUGCCAUAUAAGGGAGAGGAUGACGAUGACGACGACGAAAUUACAUUAGAAGAUUUGGCUCCAGAUGGUGGUUGGGGGUGGAUGGUUGCUUUUGCCAUGACACUAGUAUUUGUUACGACAUUUGGACCAACUUCGUCAUUUGCAAUAAUAUUUGGUGACCUUUUGGAAGAAACUGGUCAAGCCGGUACAGCAAUGACACUUUUUAAUUCCGUCUUUAUGAUUACAUUUUCUAUUGCUGGUUUAAUGACCAACACGUUAUUAAAAAAAUAUUCCAUGAGACCUGUAGGAGUCUUUGGUGCUGUGCUCUUCUCGUUACCAAACGUUUGUCUAGCCUUCGUCACGAAUGUCUACGAGAUGGCCUUCUUGAAUUUUCUUCAAGGAAUGGGCCUCGGCCUGAUCGUCACAAUUUGCAACACGAAUUUUAAUGCUUAUUUUGUGAAGAAGAGGGCACCAGUUAUGAGCGCGGCUCAAGUCAUCAUUGGCUUAGGUGGUAUUGCGUAUCCUAUAUGUAUCGAGAAAAUGAUGAGGCUCUACGGAUUUCGAGGAACGGCAUUAAUGACUGGUGCCAUGAGCUUGAACUGCAUCGUAGGGAUGACAAUGAUGCACCCUGUCGAAUGGCACGCGAAGAAACCGGAAGAAGUUCGCGCUGAGAGGGAACGCGAAAGGGAGGAACGGAAGUUGCGGGGUAUAGUAGUCUCGAAUCGACGUUAUAGUGACGUUAUAAGAGCGCCGGCAAAAACCAGAUGGAGCAGCCUAACGAGUCUCAAGGGCGAAAGUGGGAAACAGGUUCCGCUUUUGAUUGAAACAUUGAAAUCACCAGCGAAGAGGGUAUCCUCGAUAUCAGAACUGGAGGGUAGAAUUUGCAAUAGAAUAAAAUCUGGUUCGAUGCGUGAAUUGUUAACGAGACGAUUAUCAACCUUGUCAUCGUCAAGUCUGGUGAAUUUGGUGACAAGCAUUGGAAGUCUAGGAGACACUAGGCAACAUCAUCCUGAGAAAACUAAAGAAAAACGGAUAGAGAAAGCAGUGCAAGUUUCUAUGGAAGACGAGGAGGAUACUGGUAAAGGUCAUCUAGCGGAAAUACUGGAAGACCUUUUGGAAAUGUCACUUUUGAAGAAUGUUGGAUUCCUGAACAUUUGUCUGGGCAUUAGUUUCGUUUUAUCGAGCGACUUCACGUUCUCUUGUCUCUUGCCACUGAUGAUGACCAACAACGGAUUCACGAAAAGUCAGGCAGCCCAUGCAAUUACCAUUGGUGCAGCUGCCGAAUUAGUGUCCAAGAUUUUGUUUGCAAUUUUCACUUUGGUGGUAAAAGUGAAAGCGAAAUAUAUAUUCUUCGUCGCUAUGAUUUGCAUGGCCUUCGCAAAAAUUGGUUACUUGUUAUACAAUGAAACCUUGAUCGGUACGUUUGUAAUGAUAACACUUAUAGGAAUGGUCAGAUCAUGGUUGUUGGUUCCUCAACCAUUGGCCAUCAUUGAAGAUAUCAGUAUUGAUAAAUUUGCUUCGGCAUAUGGAAUUUCUGGGGCUAUUAGCGGCGUAAUUUCUAUAUUGUUUGGUCCAAUUGUUGGUUUCAUGAAGGACUGGACCAACAGUUUCGUGGUCUGCCAGCUUGCCCUUAUAUUAAUGAACGUCCUGUUCGUUAUUCCAUGGGCAAUACAGUUCCUUUCAGUAGAUUUACCAAAGAGGAGGAAGGAACGGACGGAUAAAAUUGCUGCCAAAACUUCCGGUUCCCUUUCUGCAGAUUGACGCAAAAGGAGAGAGAAGGAGAAAGACCCUGUACGCAAUGCACGUA